AUGAAUUAGGGAUUUGCGUUGCGGAUUGGGAAAAUCCGUAGCGCGCUGACGGUAGAAGAACCCAAAAUCCGGUGGGUUGGUUGACUAUGAUUAUGAUGAGGAUGAUGAAAACUAUCGCCCACCACCAAGGAAUAAUCCAGAAGCAUCUGAAGAGUAUGAAGGAACAAUGGAGUCUCUCAGGCUGAAAAGAAAAUUGACAAAGGUCGAGAUUUUACAGAUGCCGAAGUUGUCUAAAACUUCAAAAUCUAAAGAUCGUGUUUUUGCUGCCUUAUGUUCAACUUUGAGCCAGGCUGUGCUAACUCGUAAGAAACCUUUAGUCAACUUUAUUAGUGUUCCUUGUAUAGAGGACAAUUAAGAAAAGGAGCAACAUGUUUCUGGAAGCUACUGUGAGAAUAGUAGUGUAUCGGCUGAGCUAAACCAUUUAGAGAAAGAAACUGCUGCUUUUCGAAAUUCUUCUGAUAGGUUGUACGACACAUCUGACAAUGGACAAUUGGAUGGUGAGGAACACACUAUGGUUUCACUAAAAUCCCCGCCAGAGACACUAAGGUUGUACCCUGUUGCACCUUUGCUGGUACCUCGUGAGUGUAGAGAAGAUGUUACUAUAGAUGGUUACUGCAUAAAGAAAAAGUCAAGAGUGAUAGUGAAUGCAUGGGCUGUGGGGAGAGAUUCUAAAGUUUGGUCAGAUAAUGCUGAGGAGUUUUGUCCUGAAAGAUUUUCAAAUAGCAAUGUGGACAUAAAAGGAUUUGACUUUAGACUCAUACCAUUUGGUUCAGGUCGCAGAGGGUGCCCUGGGAUUCAUUUGGGUCUCACCAAUGCUAAGAUUGUUCUGGCUCAAUUGGUUCAUUGCUUCAAUUGGGAGCUUCCUUUGGGCAUGUCCCCUGAUGAAUUGGACAUGACUGAGAAAUUUGGUCUUACAAUGCCAAGAAGUAAGCAUUUGCUAGCUGUGCCAACUUAUCGCCUAGCAGAUGAAAUUGGAAAGCAAUAAAUUAUGCAGAUUAGGCUAAUUGCUAAAUAUAGUUUUCUCAUAGUUCUGUCUAUUUCUUUUCUUUUUAACACGGUUUUACAAUAUUCCUGCACCAGUCUGUAUACUCACUAGGUCAAACGACUGUGUCUGAAAGAUUCAUAGCAUGGUUUAAU